AUGUCUGCUUUGUGCGGUAUUUGUGAGCUCACUCGAGUUACCGACUCACAAUUGUGUCAACCAGUUAGGGGCUUUGGGAAAUUGGGUGCGGUAAAUAAAUCAUCCAAAUCCCUAAUGAACACUACCGAGCAAAUUUUCGAAAAAUGGACUUUCCCUUUCAUGUACGAUGUGAACGGAACGUUCAGAGAUGGACAUUGGGCUAAUUGGACCAUUCCAAUCAGACAGUUUGAAACACGUCAGACAUUCGGUACUCUGAUCGAGCUCCUCGGAUGUCCCAACGAGGGUUGGGCUCGAAAUGCUUACUUCGGAUUGUUAGACCUCAUUCAACAUGGUUCAGAAAUGCAGUUAGUUAAUGGACUAAAAUACGGCGGUACCGUUGGAUUUCGAAAGUUGUUCUCAUCCACUCCGCGGGUAUCACCGACUUGGGAUGGAUUUGCUGCCGGACUGGACGUUUAUGAACGUUUGUUGACGUGCACACCAGGCACACGAAAGAUUUGCAUCCAAAGCUGGGGUGGUUUACUUAGACCAAUAAAUAAUCAGUAUAGAUCACGUGAACCAUACAUGGAGUCCAGUACUAAUGUUCUGAGUGCAUCUGGAUGUCGGGUUAACCAAAACUCAAGGAAACUUUCCUCGAGGAAAUCAACUACUGGGAAAAGAUACCAAGGACCGAUAACACCUCGUUCGAUCAAUCAAAUUUUGGGUGGUGCGCCACAAUCUCCGUUUGAAACAACACUUGAAAACUGGCUACUCCGGAUUGAGUCAUUGAUUGCUUUAUCAGCCGGUUAUGAUUCAGAAGAAUAUUGUCAUGUGGUGAAUCAAAUCAAACGAUGGAUACCAACUUAUGAGAGUAAUCAAUACGAUUUGCAAUGCAGACGAAAGAUCAAGUUGCUUCCAUCGGAACCCAAACCUAAAGUGUCCUCAGAAUCGAAAUUGGUAAGGCGUGAUUUGGGUAAAAAAUCCACGGCAUCCGUAGAAACCUCAGGUCUUAGUCCGGUCCGUAGUUCGCGCAUCCAGUCCACAGAAUUCCAAUGUCCUCGGCAGCAACCUUUAAGUCUAACUACAGGCCCCAUAGCAUUCAGUCAUGGUCCUCUGGCGUAUUUAACCGAACUGAAGGAAGUCCAGAAAUUUUCUCACAACUCAACAUUAUCCACAACAGAUCCGUCCUGUGGUCCACAGCAACUCACCAACAAACCUAACCUCGCUCAGUCGGACAAAUCUCUCGUGUCAUCAAAAUCACCAAACGAAGUAGAAAAAGUAGAAACUGUGCCCACAGAGCCAACUGUGACUGUAAAAGAUUCUCUGGAACGACGAGCGAAUAGUAUUGUGUGUAAAAUCUUAACCGGUGUGCACAACAAGUUGAACGUUGCCCGGAACAUGGUUUCACAACCAAACGAUAUUUGGUCAACCACCACGAAAGACUUGUCCAGCAUGGAUGAACUUCCGACAGACGCGAAAACGAACACAAUGAUCAGCAAAAUGCAUAGCAACAAUCCACCGGACUCGGUUCAUUCAAUUCCACUAUGGGACGAAUCCGAUUCGAAGCCACAACGUAACGUUUUACCCUGGGAUAGUAUCAAUUCAAUGGGAGGGAUGAAACCAGGGGUGUCAAAAGUGAGUGACAAAUGGAGAAGUGAUAUUUCGGAAGACAAUGCAAUGAUUGAGGAUCUCGAAUCAAUCCUGAUGGAAUACACCGAGGAUUUGGAUGUGGAUCUAAUAGAUGCGGCACUUGAUGCCGACCAAGAACAGGGAAAAAAGGAGGAAAGUAUAUGGAAGGUUAAACAUUCUACAUCCCAGAACCGCAGCUCACCUUCUGCAAAAUGCGCAGAGAGUGUUGAUCCUCCACGAAAACAGAUGGAUCUGAGCGUGCAAAACAGACUUAGUUCUCACUCGCAAGAAAAUGGUUUUGAAUUUUAUGUCAUGGAAAGCAGUGUGUUAACUGGUCCAUCCGAAUGCGAACCCCAUUCUAAUUGGUCUUCUACACAAAAAGAACCACCGCCACAACAACAACCGCAAAUAAUCUAUUCGCCCACAAAUACACAAUUACCUGUCACGAAUGAGUUAACCGAGCCCCAUUCACUAAUCCCACCAGAAUCCGGCUCUAUUCGUGAAAUUUCUGAGUCUCAGUUAGCCAGAGUAGAUUCAGCAGAACCGAAAAUACCACCAUCACCAACGCCACCACCGCCACCAACACCGCGACAGACAGUGAAGUCACCAACACAAACAUCGUCUCAACAGGCGGUGCAUUCAAUCGAAGCGAGUUUGAUAGGGUCCACGGGAAAAACUGUUGCUUCCAGUGAUCGAGCUAGUGGCUGGUCGGUUCAACCACAAGCUGGUAGUGAGACUUUGGUUGGUGUAGAACGAGAAACCGAAAUUUCCAGUUUCAGCACCGAUCCGUUUGUGUUCGUAGUACAACCGGCGAAGGUAGAGCAUGAAGCGGAAAAUGUCACCGAUCAAAACCACCUGAUCGAAAUUGGAGUGGCCAAAGCGCAAGAAAAUGUAACCAAGCCGUCUACGAGUUAUGAACCUAAAAAGAUAACCGGAACGUUAGAAAAAGAGUUCACUCUAAGACCGCGAGAGAAUCCGGGCAAGACGACGGAGUCUUUAAAACUGGAAACUAAGGCCUCCACGGACUUGGAGGAAUUGAAGGACCAAAUGAAGGAUAUGAGCGAAGGACACAAUCAGGAAUUAUAUGAUGGUGAAUCCGAGUUCCUGAUCGAAGUGACAUCUGAAAUCAUCGAAAAGAUAAACAAUCAAGAUUAUAGGACACCAAAUGUUCAGGCCAGUAUCGAUUCAAUUAGGCAUCCACACCAAACUCCAACUGACUCUAUCAUUACACCAGCAGCCGGCCCCGGCCCCGUGAGCUCCUGUCAAGUGCCCGAUUCGACCAACUCUCCUGCUACUGUACCGCUGAUUGUGAGUAGCACCCUCCAUCAUCAUCAUCAACAACAACAGCAACAAAGGUCCACGGUAGACGCAACUGUUAGUACGGAACAUAAUACAAUACCUGCGAUUCGACUGCACAUAAGCCUUCAAACUCGUGCCUCUUGGGAUGACGGUUGUAUCAUAUGUCCAAUCGUAGUGGACACAAUAGUCAACAACUCACCGACGCACAAUGGCUGCGAAUCAAUGAACAGGCAGCAUAUACUGCAAGCAGGAGAAUAA